CAUUCCAGUCAGCAUCUAUGGGCUUGUGCAGUUCGGUUUGCAUGUCGCAUACCUCAAGAGUGCUUUAAUCGGCAUUUAUAGGCUCGUGAAGCUGCUUCUUCCCAAACCAAUAAUAUUGGUUCCAGUGGCGGAGCCAGGGGGUGCGAGGGGGGGCGCUCGGCCCUCCUGAAAUUUGAAAAUCUUGCAAAUUAGUAUAUAAAAAAUUAUCUAGCCUCCCCUGAACUUUGAAAAUUUUAGUAUUUUGCCCUCCCUGAAAAAAAUUUCUGCCUCCGCCCCUGGCUCCGACUAUCUUGCUUGGCAUGCCACGUGGGUUCCUCAUUGAAUCCUAUAAAUACCCCCUCCGGGCCACGUCAAAAGGUCCACCUCGAGGCUUUGCAGGUUAUUCCGAAGUGCAGUUGCGGACUGUAGAAGGACUUCUGCUCCCAACUCAGAUCCCACCUCAGCUUCCUCCUCAACUUCCACCUCAGGUUCCUGUUAUGUUCCCUCCUGUUGAUCAUGCAGAAGGAGGAGAUGAAAAUCAACCUCAUGCCUCAGCUCAUAAUUCAACUUCAACUGCCAAUCAAGACGUAGUGGCAGCUCAGCUUGCUGCCAUACAGCAGCAGUUUGGUGUUUUUCAGUUGGUACUGGCUCAACUUUUAGCUAGAAAUAAUCCUGGUGAUCCCCUCAUUCAUUUACUAAACCCUGCUCAACAACCCCCGGCUCCACAACAGAAUCCUCAACCAGUUCAACCUGCUCCCGCUAUCAGCGAAUCUCAAGCUCAAUCCCACAUUGCACCCGCUCAACAACCUAUCCCUGAUGAUGUUACUCGCCGCCUCGAUAGCUUGGAAAAGCUAGUAGCUGAACACCGAGGUGCUCCACCCCCACACCAUGCUACUGAUUCUAUACCUCAUCCUCUGAAUACCAACAUUACACUGGAACCCUAUCCUGCUGGCUUCAAAAUCCUGCAACUGGAGACUUAUGAUGGGACGAAGGAUCCCGAUGAUCACCUGCAUGCUUUUUACUCCUGCAUGCAAGCUCAGAACGCCUCUGACGCGUUGAUGUGCAAGAUCUUCCCCUCUACCCUCCGAGCUCAGAAGGGAAUGCUGAAUGAGUAUGUUCAGAGAGCUGAACAGCCAAGGUUUGUUAGAGAGCAGAGGCCGCAGCCUCAAGGCGUCCGCAAUCCCCCAAAUAGACAAGGUGUGGGAUAUCAGCAAGCCCCACCUCCGCUCCCACCACCGGCUAGAAUCAUACAUAUGAUUACGGGAGGCCUUAAAGCAGGAGGACUGAGCUCUAAACAGCGAAAGCUGUAUGUCAGAGAGGUUAAGCAUCAGAACCGAGCUCAGAAGCGGAAGAUUGACGAUGCUGAGUGGAAGAAUCAACCCAUUACUUUCACAUCUGCUGACCUCGACACAGUUGUUACACCCCACAAUGAUCCCUUGGUCACUUCUGUCAUGAUCAAUAACUGUGAAGUACAACGUGUCCUUGUUGACACCGGGAGUGCACCAGACAUCAUGUAUUUCCACUGUUUCGAGAGUCUGGGACUAGACCCAGCAUUGUUGCAGAAGUAUGAUGGUCCUAUCUAUGGUUUCAACAACCAACCUGUUCCGGUAGAAGGAGUUCUUACCCUCCAUGUGGCUUUUGGGAGUGGCCGGACCUAUGUAGCCCCUUCAGUCCGCAACACUGCACUACGAGGAAACCAAGAGGUGGCCAGACAUUGUUACAUCACCUCGAUAACACAACCAACGAAGGGCAAAGAUAAGACACCCGAGGUCAUUCCUCAGCAAAUCCCUGAUAAUCAGCAAGUUAUGGGUGUAGAGAUUGUUGAUAAUCGACCGGAUGAUGAAACCAGAGCUGCUCCGGUCGAAGAUGUUGAAGAAGUGCUUGUUGAUGAUAGAGAUCCGAGCCGAAAGACGCAGAUCGGAACUAGAUUGAACCCAGAGGAGAGAGCAGAACUGAUAGCUUUUCUCCGAGCUAACAAUGAUGUAUUUGCAUGGACUUCGGUAGAUAUGCCAGGAAUUCCAACUUCAAGGCUUAAGGCUAUCAAGGAAGAGGUGGAGAAGCUCCUACAAGCUGGUUUUGUCAGGAAAGUUGAUUACUGCGAAUGGGUGGCUAACCCAGUUCUAGUGAAGAAGGUAAAUGGUAAAUGGCGAAUGUGCAUUGAUUACACAAAUCUUAACCAAGCCUGCCCCAAGGAUUGCUAUCCGAUGCCGAGCAUUGACAAAUUAGUUGAAGCGGCUUCAAGCAAUGAGAGGUUAAGCCUCUUGGAUGCAUAUUCUGGGUAUCACCAGGUGCCGAUGGCUCCCGAAGACGAAGAGAAGACCUCGUUCUAUGCUGGCGAUGAAAUUUAUUGUUAUGUCAUGAUGCCAUUCGGUUUAAAGAACGCAGGUGCUACUUAUCAGAAAAUGGUGACCAUAGUCUUUCGAGCUCAGAUCGGCAAGAAUUUGGAGGUGUAUGUGGAUGACAUUGUGGUAAAGAGUCUGAAGGCAGAAAACCAUCUAGCCGACCUCGACGAAACCUUUAACAAUCUCAGAAAAAAUCGGAUGCGGUUAAACCCAGCCAAGUGCAUCUUCGGAGUGGAGUCUGGAAAGUUUCUAGGUUUUAUGGUGUCCCGAAGAGGGAUUGAGGUCAAUCCAGAGAAGAUCAGAGCAAUUGCUGAGAUGGAACCGCCGAAGUCAGUUAAAGAUAUACAGAGGUUGACUGGAAGGGUGGCAGCUCUGCAUCGGUUUAUCUCGAGCUCACCACCUCUGUUGACUAAGGCUGUAGAUGGAGAGAUUCUUUACUUGUACCUGGGGAUUUCAGAUGAGGCCAUUAGUUCGGUUUUGGUAAGAGAGGAAGCUAAGCAACAGAAACCAAUCUAUUAUAUCAGCAGUGUGCUGCACGGAGCAGAGCUGAGGUAUCCUAUAGCUGAGAGAGCAGCUUUAGCAGUUGUCACUUCGGCCAGGAAGUUGAGGCCGUAUUUCCAAUCACACCCAAUUAUCGUUCUUACAGAUCAACCUCUCAGGCAAAUUCUGCAGAAACCAGAAUGCUCUGGAAGAUUAAUUAAGUGGGCAGUAGAACUGGGGGAGUUUGAGAUCACGUUUCAGCAGAGAUCGACCAUCCGAGCUCAAGCACUAGCAGAUUUCAUUGUCGAAUGCACUCCAUGUCCCUCCACCUCUACUCCAGAACCCAACGAAUGGACCUUAUAUGUUGACGGAGCAUCUAGUAGCAAGGGUUCAGGGGCUGGCGCUCUCUUGAUUGGUCCAGAAGGAUACCGAAGUGAACAUGCCUUGAAAUUCAACUUUGAUGCGACAAAUAACAUGGCUGAGUAUGAAGCUCUGCUACUUGGUCUACAACUAGCAUUAGAGUUGAAAAUCAGUGCAAUUCAAGUGUACAGUGACUCCCAGCUAGUGGUGAACCAAAUCAACUCUAUUUGCGAAGUCAUUGAUCCUGUGAUGGGGAAGUAUGUAGCCUUGGUGGCCGAGCUGAAGUGCAAAUUCCAAAAAUUCUGCCUGAGUAAAAUCCCCAGACCUGAGAAUGAACAGGCAGAUUCACUCUCUAAGUUUGCCUCUGAUAGCUCUUUAAGCUCCAGAUCCGUUUUCGUAGAGGUCUUAGAUGAACCCAGCUUCAUGAAGCCUCGGGUGAUGGAGAUCAGCACAAACCCUGACACGCCAAGCUGGACUGAUUCCAUUGUAUCCUUCUUACGAGAUGGGAUUACACCUGCGGACAGGCAGGAGGCGAUGAAAUUAAGGAAGAAAGCAUCUCGGUAUACACUCAUUGCUAGAGUUUUGUAUAAGAGAUCUUUCUCACUCCCUCUUCUACGGUGUUUGAACCCCUACGAAGUUGAAUAUGCACUUCGGGAGGUGCAUAAAAGUGUCUGUGGAAGCCAUGUUGGUGCCAGGACUCUGGCUCACAAAGUCUUACGGCAAGGAUACUACUGGCCAAACAUGUACAAAGAUGCCACUUGCUUUGUUCAGAGAUGCCCGAAAUGCCCAUUCAUGAAAGGGGUUGGUGGUGUAACCCAUCUGGUUGUUGGUGUAACCCAUCUGGUUGUUGGUGUGGAUUAUUUCACGAAGUGGGUUGAAGCUCGACCUUUAUCGAGUCUUACCUCUAAGAAAGUUGAAGAUUUUGUUUUCAGCUCGAUCAUUUGCAGAUAUGGGAUCCCAAAUCAGAUUGUGGCUGAUAAUGGAACUCAAUUCAAUUGCUCCUCAUUUCGAGAUUUCUGCUCCAGUUAUGGGAUCAAGUUACAGUUCACCUCCGUUUACCAUCCGGAGUCCAAUGGCAUGGUUGAAUCUGUUAACAAAUGCAUCCUGGAAGGGAUAAGGCCGAGAUUGGAGCAGCAUAAGGCCAAGUGGGCAGACGAGCUCAAUAACGUCCUCUGGGCAUACAGAACCACGAGCCGAACUGCCACAGGUGAAACACCCUACCACCUAGCCUUUGGUACCGAAGCAGUCAUUCCUGUUGAGAUAGGAGUCCCAAGCUUCCCGGUCACCCAUUUCGAUGAAGAACGAAAUGGACAACUGCUUCGGGAAAACCUUGAUCUGCUUGUUGAAGUCAGAGAAGAAGCUCGGCUUCAAACUCUUAUAUACAAGCAGAAACUAGCCAACUUCUACAAUAAACGGGUCCGCCCUCAAACAUUCAAAGUAGGAGACCUUGUGCUCAGAAAAGCUGGCCUAACGGGGUUUGAAACUCGUUUUGGCAAACUUGCCCCAAAUUGGGAAGGCCCUUAUGCCGUGGCCGAGGUGCCACAUCCUGGGUCUGCACAUUCCCCUUCAGCUCCAAGAAAGCCUCCUUUGUCAGCUUUAACUCUUGCGCCAGAGCCUCACGCUCGUUUUCAGAGAUCUUUCGCUUGGUCUCUUCAAAGCCGAGCUUGGUGCCCAGGGAAGCCCUCUCCUGUUCCAACUGCUUCACAGUUGGCACCACCUCGUCCAGCGCCUCUUGCAGCUCUUUAUUCUUCUUUUCCAGCUCCUCCUUCUCCUUUUCCAGCUGGUCACACUGCCUUUGCAAGAGUGCGCGCUCCUUUGUACUCUCCCUGAACUCCUGGGCUAGACCAUUCACCC